CAGAUUGGAAGAAGAUUACAAGGAUCUGGUCCACACAAGCAGCAGAGAUGCUACAGAAGGAAUAGAAGAAGAGUUUGAGUCUAGUGGAGAAUGCUUAGAAGAGCCCACGCGUCAGAGCAACAAAAAGAACAUGAGCUAUCCAGACAGAGUCCGCAUCCUCAACUUGCGCAGAAACCUCAAUCAGCUUGAUAAUCUCGCCAAAGGAAAGGAGAUGGCCAUUCAAAAAACAAGGGAGGAACUGGAUGCCUGCCACGACCGGAUUGAGAAGCUGACAAAUCAACAAAGGAACGUGGAGAGAGAAAUUGAGAACGAGAAGAAGUCCAACAAUACGGCCGCUGUGUUCCGACUACAGGCGAUGCAUCAGCGCUUGUGUGCCGAACUGGGAAAUGAAAAGGACCUCGAGUCAAAAAUUGCUGCGAUGCUGAAUGGAAAUGUGCUCGAGAUGUGGAAGGUUGAGAUUGAACAAGGAAAUUUCUCAGAGCUCCGCAAGCAAAUCAAAUGGGACGAAGAGGAGCUUGACCAGCAGCGCCAGGGCCAAGCAGAAGAACGACUGCGGAAGCAGAAGAAGAAGGCUUGGGUGCUGAGGCACAGGUGGCAAGCCACAGAGAGAAAAAUAGAGGAAGCUAAGGAGUUUAAUGAGCAAAGGUUUGCCAGAGCUUUGGAAGAUGCGCAGAAGAAUCACGAAAAGGCAGCCAAGUUUCUCAAGGAGAGUCUAGGAAGGAUCCACGAGAGGAACGCCAGCGAAGAACAAAAACAUCGAGAGUAUUUGCAAAGGAGGAUGGACACGGUGCUCUCCCUGAAACAAAAUAUUGCUUCCAACCGGGAACAUCUCCGAAUCGUCCAGGUCCUGGACAAAGUCAACGCCCUUGAAGCCCAAGCCCAAGACGAGAAGGUGAAGGAGGCCAUCCAGGCUCAGGGGCACAACGUCACCCGGGAGAUUUUCCUCCAUAAGCGAGACGUGGAGCUGGAGCAUCAGAAGAAGGAAUUUAUGGAACAGCAGAAAGCCAAGAAGAUUGAAAUUGUGGCUCGGAUUUUGAAAGAGGAAGCUCAGCAGGAGAAAGUGAAGAAGCAAUCCCACCCGGGGAUCCUGAAGGACAAGGAGAAACUCUCCGAUGCUAUUAAAUGGCGCUUGAAAACAUGGCGGUACAUCAAAGAAACAUGUUACGAUUCAAUGGCAUCUUCUACUCUGAAAUCUUGGCAUCCUGUUUCAUCUACCGACUCCUUUGAUGAUGGAAGCAUUUUGGAAGCAUCCAAGGCGAUGGUCCCACCAAGGAAAGGCAAAGAAGAAGAAGAAGACGAGAGUCUCGCUGAGCCGGAGUUUACGGGAAUUUGGGAUCAAGAGUGCGACAUAUUCAAGGUCACAGAUGACAGAAUCGACUCCAAACCUCUUGGUGCAUCUGAGCUGGAAAAGGAGAUUUUUGCUCCAGAUGUGGAGAAGCUGCAUAGCGGGAUCAUUCGUAAACACAGGGUUUGUGGCCGUGAAUUUAAGGGGUGCCCUUUCUAUAGCAAGCCAAGCCUCAUUCAUUUCAAGGACUUUGACAUUGGUAAGACUUAUAAAAAGAAGAUGGUUCUGAUCAAUGCUUUCUAUGGCAUUAACUUCUGCAAGCUAAUUGGCGUCAAUGAACACCUGAAGGAUUUUUUCACUGUGCACCUUGAUCCUCCGGGCCCAAUGUCUGCUGGAAUGUCGUGUGAAGUUGGGGUGACCUUUAAACCGCUGCUCGCACUAGAUAAAGAGCUCAUUGACUUUGGCGCUCAUGUGGUGGGAGAGACAAUUUCACGCACCAUCACCUUGACAAACUGUGGCGCCUUGGGAACACGCUUCCGGCUCCGCAAAUCAGCAGACCCUGAUGCCCUGCACACUGCGGCCGCCCGGUCAUCCUCAGAGAGAAUGGUCUUUACCCUUAUCAUUGAAAGAACGGGCAGUGAUAAAGGCAGCAACUAUAGCCUGGGGGGCUCCAUUGCGGACAAAGAAUCCGCUUCUCUUUCCCAUUCCGAAGAGAUUAUCCAGCAGACCGCUCCCUCAGAGAAGCUGAUCCCAACGUACAGCAAUGAACAAAUUCACGAAAUGGUUUCCGAUAUGAGUAUAACUGAAGAAAAGCCGCCAAGCUCACUGGACUCAAUCCCUCUGGAAUACCAGUCGAGGGAAGAAUCAACUGAAAUUACGUUGGGCAAGGUUACAGAAGGUGAUAUUGGACCUUUUAGCUCUAUCAAGCUCCCUAUUAUUUUCACCCCGGCAGUUCUUGGGAAGGCACAGUCUGAUUUUGAAAUCACCUUUGACAAUCCAGACUGCACCCCGUUACACUUCAGUGCCGUUGCUGUUUCCGUGGCCGUUCCGGUGUGGAUCCGCAAUCCAGACAUUGACCUCAAAAUCUGCAUGUAUGACAAACUUUAUCAAGACUGCAUCGUCAUUCAAAGCAGAGCCACCAGUGCCCUACGCUUACAGUUUGAUGUUUGCAAGGAAUUGGACAACCACAUGGAGCUGCUUCCAAAAACGGGCUACAUCCAAGCACAGUCAUCUUUCAGUGUGCAGCUGAAAUUUCUGCCAAGGCAGUCUCUUCCAGAAGAUGCAGGCAAAUAUUUUGAUGAAAAAACAAGAGUCCUGGAAGUCCCCGUCACGAUCACAGUUUCAGAACAGAGGAAGCAAGUUCAGUUUACUGUUCAUGCAAUUGUGACUACCUCAGAUUUGGAAAUCAACCCAACUGAAGUCGAUUUUGGAUACUGUUCCAUCUUCGAAGCUGUGCAGACAACAAUUACACUAACAAAUAAGUCCAUCCUUCCCCAGGAGUUUGGCUUUGUGGACCUCCAGGAGUUUGUCGAAGUCCAGCCCAAUGAUGGAUUUGGAGUACUCCUUCCCCUGGAAAGCUUGAGCCUGGAUGUCAUCUUCAAACCCAAGAAGGCAAAAGAAUACAGCUUCCAUCUGACCUGCAAAACGGAGAUCAACAGACAAUUCAAGCUGUCGUGCAAAGCGAUUGGAGUCCACCCUCCUCUGGAGCUCUCGCAUUCUUUGGUUCAGUUCUCCGCCACCGCUCUGAACGAUGUGUCCUCCGCAACUCUUUUUAUUAUCAAUUCUCAUGUUCGACUCAGUCGGCUCAACCACUUGGGCCCGAGAAUUGGGGCAGGAGAAGUGGCUCCCGUGGGACCAAUCUCCUUCCAGUUCCUUGUGCCGGAAGACGCGCCCAUAACCAUCAUGCCUUGCGUCGGCACCGUUCUGCCCGGGAAGAAGUGCUUGCUUGAUGUUGCUUUCCAUCCAGUCUUGUGUGACCAGCUCAUCCGGCAGGAAGCCAUUCACUUGAUGUGCCAGGCGGCUGAAGCCAAAGCGCAGAUGGAGAAGAGAGCUCGGGAACUAGAACUGCAGGGAAGAAAGAAGGAGGAGGCUCUGGCAGGAAAGAAGGAUGCGAGGAGGAUGACCAGCAUGUCCUUUCUCAGUCAGCCUUCAAAGGACAAGUAUGCCAUCAAGCCAUUUGAACCGCCAAGCCCAGAGGACAUAUCUCCAAAUUCAGAAGAAUAUAUUGCAGCUCACCUCUCCCUGGUGCGGAGCUUCAACGAGCGGUUUGACAGAUACAUCAUUCCUUGCCUGGUUGCCUCUGGAGUCAUAGACGAGAAGAGAGGAGCCGAAAAUCUGCACUUUAGCCCUUAUAACACCUUGUAUUUAGAACUGCACUGCCCUUCGGUGGCCCCCGUGGUAGUGGUCACUUCAAACAACGGAAGGACUUUCUUCAAUUUUGGGGAUGUUGCCGUAGGGCACAGGAUUAAGAAAGAAGUCAAGAUACAGAACAUCUCCCAAGAACAGCUGGUUCUACAGUAUUCCCUCCUGGAUCCCUUUGGACCAUUCCUGUUGGCGAAUCCCAUCUGCAUGCUAGAGGAAGGGGAAUCCCGGGACCUCGUGCUCACGUUCUGCCCUGAGGAGAAUAAGUCAUUCUUUGAAACUCUGGAGCUCCGGAGCGAGAAAGCGACCCUGACUCUCACCUUGACUGGCCGAGGGGUGAUCAUCUCCAUUGCGUGUUCAGUAGAGGAUGUGUUUGACAUGGGAUACGUUGUGAGCAAAGAAACUGCCACUAACACCUUCAAGAUCGAGAACACGUCAACGCUGCCCCUGAAAUACAAUAUCGUCCUGGAGUCUCUCUCCCCAAACAGAGACGAGGAUCUUCAGGAGCUUCCCCCUUUCCUCAUAUCUCAGGGCAAAACAAACCUAGUUGGUACCCAAAACUACAGCGGCUUGAGCGUGUUCACCGUCUCUCCUGUGGAAGGAAUCAUUGGCGUGGGGAAGUUCCAGGAGUUCACGGUCACCUUCAGCCCUGACCACGAGAGCCUGUAUUACUCCGACUGUGUCCAAGUCCUGCUCUUUGACAAGGAAGUCAUCCGUGUGAUCCAGCUGAAAGGCGCAGCCAGGAACCAUAUGAUGUUUGUGGAAGGCGGAGAACCAUUGGAUGUGCCCAUUGAGUCACUGGCGGUGACAACAUCUGUUGCUGAAGAAACUGCCAAAGCAGAAAGCGACAAAGCCACCAAUUCUAUCCUGGUCAGCCUGGAGUCUGUGCAGUCCGAGACCUUUGUCAUCCCGGCUGUGCGGGAGCUGAAAGUGGGAGUCAUACGCACCACCCAGUUUGCGUCCAAGAAGAAUGUCGAAUUCAGUUGGGAAAGCUUGCAAAUUCUCCAGCUGAAAGGCUUCACGGUGGACCCGGUGAAAGGAACGGUGGAGCGUGGACAAACCAAAGUGAUCAGUGUCUCGUGGGUGCCCCCUGCUGGCUCCGACCCCAACCAGCCUGUGACGGGGUCGGCCAUCUUGACCCUGAAAGGAGACAUUAAGGAGAUUUACAACGUCUACUUCAUGGGUCGGAUUGUGACCAAGGAGCUCCCCCCCAAUUGAGGGUCCAGAUGGGACUUUCUGACUCUUUGUGA